AGGCGAGCCGCUGCUGCUCAAUGGCGGAAAAGCCGCCGGUGCUCUGACUGCCUCGUCCCCCUACAGUUGCGGGGGAGUUUCCUGCCGGCGCGGCUGGAGUCUCUGUUUCUCAGUGUUCGGUGGGUGGAAGAUGCUCCAGAGAGACGAGGCUGCGGCGGAGGCGGAGGCGGUGGCCGAAUCGGCAGCGACUCUAGGGUGGAGAGAAGGCGGCGGCGGCGGCGUGAGGGGCCGGGCGGUGUAAACAGCCCCGGUGGCGGCGGAGGCGGUAGUGGCCGAGAGCCGAGGGUUGAGCGGCGGCUGAAGCAGGGUCACGCCUCCGGCGGAAGCCUGGGCUGAGAGCAGCGGGCGCGACGGGACGCCUCAGACCUCGCCUCCCUCAUUGGCCCAGAUUCAUUAAUAAACAUGGGUGCAUUUUUGGAUAAACCCAAAACUGAAAAACAUAAUGCUCAUGGUGCUGGGAAUGGUUUACGAUAUGGUCUGAGCAGCAUGCAAGGAUGGAGAGUGGAAAUGGAAGAUGCACACACAGCUGUUGUAGGUAUUCCUCACGGCUUGGAAGACUGGUCAUUUUUUGCAGUUUAUGAUGGUCAUGCUGGAUCCCGAGUGGCAAAUUACUGCUCGACACACUUGUUGGAACACAUCACUACUAAUGAAGACUUUAGGGCAGCUGGCAAAUCAGGAUCUGCUCUCGAGCCUUCAGUGGAAAAUGUCAAGAAUGGAAUCAGAACUGGCUUUUUGAAAAUUGAUGAAUAUAUGCGUAACUUUUCAGACCUCAGAAAUGGAAUGGACAGGAGUGGAUCAACUGCUGUAGGAGUUAUGAUUUCACCUACGCAUAUCUACUUUAUCAACUGUGGUGACUCACGGGCUGUUCUGUAUAGGAAUGGACAAGUCUGCUUUUCUACCCAGGAUCACAAACCUUGCAAUCCACGGGAAAAGGAGCGAAUCCAAAAUGCAGGAGGCAGCGUCAUGAUACAGCGAGUUAAUGGUUCAUUAGCAGUAUCUCGUGCUCUGGGGGACUAUGAUUACAAGUGUGUUGAUGGCAAGGGCCCAACAGAACAACUUGUGUCUCCAGAGCCUGAGGUGUAUGAAAUCUUAAGAGCUGAAGAGGAUGAAUUUAUCAUCUUGGCUUGUGAUGGGAUCUGGGAUGUUAUGAGUAAUGAGGAGCUCUGUGAAUUUGUUAAAUCUAGGCUUGAGGUAUCUGAUGACCUGGAAAAUGUGUGCAAUUGGGUAGUGGACACUUGUUUACAUAAGGGAAGCCGGGAUAACAUGAGUAUUGUAUUAGUUUGCUUUUCAAAUGCCCCCAAGGUCUCAGAAGAAGCAGUGAAAAAAGAUUCAGAGUUGGAUAAGCACUUGGAAUCACGGAUUGAAGAAAUUAUGGAGAAGUCUGGUGAGGAAGGAAUGCCUGAUCUUGCCCAUGUCAUGCGUAUUUUGUCUGCAGAAAAUAUCCCAAAUUUACCUCCUGGGGGAGGUCUUGCUGGCAAGCGCAAUGUUAUUGAAGCUGUUUAUAGUAGACUGAAUCCACAUAGAGAAAGUGAUGGGCGGUAUCGGCUACCUUCAGUUGUGUACAGUGACUUUUUUCACAUUUUGAAUGGCAGUCUUGAGCGCAUCUCAAUGCAAAGCGGCUGAGAACUGGUGACAAGCAAUGGCUGGCUGGCCUACCAAAGAAGUCGAAGGACAAAAAGAUGGUUUUAUUUUGGCUUUUUUUUCUCCUCCAUAAACUUAGGACAGAAAUGAUACCAAUGUUACAUAUUGUAAAAUUUAACCUCCUCUUAGUCUUUAAUCUACAGAAGCAGAGAAGAGCUGUCACCGUGGCCUUCAAAAUCACCUCUUCCCUCUUCAUGCAAUAAACGCGUGGUUCCUUAGCAGCACUGUGGUUCAUUCCAGGGACUCUCCGGGAUAAAAGGAUCGCUUCAGUGUCGUUUCCCUUCUCCUGAAAGGAUCAUUUAAAUUAGAAUUACUGGAUUUCUAAUGUGUCUAGAAAAACGUCUUGGAUUCUGGUUUUUAUCUUUUCUAGAUGGCUUCUGAAUGAUGUAGUGUUUAAUGUGAAUGGAAGUAGGUUUGUGACCAGUUUGUUCUACAUCAAUCCAAAACUUAGUGAUCAUCUUAAAUUAGAACCUUUUUGGUUUAAUUUAAGUGACUCCCAAGAUCUAUAAUGAGGAAUACAGGAAAUAGUAAUUACUUGGUCAGACAAGGAAUUGACUCAAAUAUUUUCUCAUACGUACGUACUCUUCCAGAUGGCCAGAGGUUGUGCUUUGGGACAAUACAUCACCUACGCAAGGGCCUCCUCUUGUCUUUAUUACAGUUCCAUCGUUAAUGUGCUUUUAUGGUCAGAGAGGUAAACAGUCCCCCUCUCCCCGCCAGGAAGUAGAUACAUUCUCUAUCUGAGAGAUGGUAUUCUUACCGCAAGAAAUGUAAGAAAAAAGGGCCUCAUGUUUGGUCCUGAGCACAAAAGGUACACCAUAGUUAAUACUUGCUAUUUCAAAGGAAAGCGAUGUAAGUAUUCUAGGAAAUUACACAACAAGCAUUUUGAAGUUUAGUACAUAAUCUCUUAGGGAAAACCAUGGAAAACUUCCCUCUCAUUUUUGGAUCCCUCAAUAAUUAUGUCACGUAGUUAUGUGGAAUAACACACUUCUUUACUCAACUGGAUUUAUUCAUGUUUUCUUUGAUCUGAGCGUGAUGUUCAGACAUACUGAAAUCUCAGCUGACUUGUCAUGUACUGAGACAAACUUUUUUUUUUGUCUUUUUCCUUUUUAUCGGUACUGAGGAUCGAACUCACGAUCGCCUGCUUGCAAGGCAGGCGCGUAUGCCGCUGAGCUAAAUCCCCAGCCCCGCUGAGACAUCCUUCUUAAGAGUUCUCUUUAAGUAUGAUAAAAUUUAAUUCAUUAGAAUUAGGUACUUCCCACAUGUUUUAGGUAGUUAGGGAUAACCAGUCAUAAAUAAAACCAUCAGUUAAAUACUGGAAGGUUGACUAUAAGAUUAUCUUUGAAAAGGAAUUCCUUUAAUAAUUCACGAUUAUAUUUUUUAUAUACAGUAACAUGCACAUAUGAUAUAUACAUAUUUCUAUUUGCACAUAGAUUUUUGAGGACUUUUGGCUUUUUCAGAAUGGAAUAGACAUGAAUAUGAAAAGAUAGACUGUUUCCUAUUAGACUACAAUAGUAUGUUUCUUUCCCAGUGUUUCUGGUAGGGAAAUGUUAUGCUCUUUAAUGUAAGAAAAAUGCCAACAUCAUACUUUCUAGACUGAUUUUACAUCGAAAAUCAGCAUACUACUGCUUGCCUAUUCAUAUGAGAUGACCAGGAAAAAGCAAAAUGCAUGUCUUGUAGUUUCACGUAGUUUCAACAUGACAGUUCUGAAGAUUUUACACUUGUGUGUUGUUCAGAGACAAAGGUAAUGGGUCUUUUUUUCUUUUCUUUUUGGACUAGGAAUCGAACUUGGGACCUUGCCCUUACUAGGCAGGUACUCGUGCCGCUGAGCUAUAUCCCCCACUCUUGGCCAGAUCUUCAGAUGUGUAUUUGUGGAAUCUCGACACUUGAAAUACCUGAGUACAAAUGCUGUCUCCCAAGUCUCUGGUCUGUCUCAGGCAAGAGUCUGUUUCCAUCUUUGGGCAACUCUGUCUGUCCCAGUGGCUUCUCUGUUUCUUCCUCUCAUUUACCUUGUUAAGUUUGGGGCAGAUAUUUAAUCAGCUAUUACGGUGGUUCCCCAGCCUCCCUCUGUGUUCAUUAUAUAAUCAUGGCUUCAGCUGUGUUUACCAUCUAGGACACUUCUCUAAACAUACUUUUAUUUUUUUAGUUAUAUACGUACUGAUAAUACUACAGAAUGGAUAUGUUCAUUGUGGUGUGUUAGUACAUAUACAUGUCACAUCUUAGUCUUUUUUAUUUCCUUGAAUCCUUCCUACUAUUCUCCCCUUAUCCUUUCCCAUCUGCAAAAUGUCUGUAUUCUGAUUUUCUUACUCUUAAAGUGUACAACACAGAAGUUAACAUUUAUAGCUAGCAGAAUACUCAUUCUUUUUUCCAGUUAAUUCUCUUCUAUUCUUCUAUUUCAAAGUCCAGUGCAUUAGUACUUACAAGAGCUUACAGGCCUGGGGCAAGGCUCCUCAAAAGACUGCACAUGCUCUAAUGAAAUUUAAAUCAGGACACAGAAAUACACAAGAUUAGCUGGUAAUAUCUGCCCACAGAGUCAAAUGUAGAAGAGUGCAAAAGAUCUCUCCACAUACCAGAGAUCUAAAGAAUCCAGCCUAAGGCCUGAUCCCACAGCAGCAUCGGGUCUGUUUCUGAGGCAUGUGCGAUGGAAGACAGGGUCUGCGGGACAGCCCAAGGACCAGUGCAGCAGGCUAGAAAGUCUGCUGUGGCCAGCCCAGAAGCCCAGGCUGCAAGCUGCAUAAUUAUGCUGAGAGCCAGGAGAUGGCACUCAAGAUGAAGACAACAGCUGCUCCAAGGAAAUAACAGCCAUGCUUGACAAAGGUGAGGACUGGAGCGCGUCUGUCUGAAGAGAACGGCCAAAGCUCCUCCGAGGAAAAUCACAGGAAGAUAGCUGAGACUUUCCCUCCUCCUCUCCUUACAUAUCGUCCUGACAACUGUCAGAGUGGGUCUUCCACUCCAUUCAAUUGGGUGUUGACAAUCAACCACUGUGUCAGUAUUGUACUAGCUUUUCUGACAACCAGAGUGUACUGUUUUGAGUCCUUUAAAUGUAAUUGUUUCUGUUGCUUCUUUUGUUUUGUUUUUGAUACUGGGAGCUCAAAGCCCAGGGUCACCCGUAUGCUAAUAAGCUCAGGCUCCGCCAGAGCUCCACCUCCAGCCCUAACUUACUGUUUCUGUUAUUUUUAGGGACAUCUUACUGUUUUUAGGUACAUCUCCAGUCUUCUUCUGCAAGUAUGUUAUGCUUCAGGAAAAGGUAUUUUGUAAAACAAUCUUAACCCAGCAUGGUGGUGCAUGCCUGUAACUGCAGCACUCUGAGAGGCUGAGGCAGGAGAGUUGUAAGUUCAAGCCAAGCAAGACCCUAUCUCAAAAUACACAAAAUAACAAUGGCAGAGAACAUAGCUCAGUGGGAAGGCCUUGAAUUCAAUCUCAGGACUCCCAGAAAAAAAAAAGAACUACCAGUUAAUCUGCAAUUCGAGAAGCGAAUACAGCAGUGUAGGGUGUACAGGACAGAGCAGGCCUCAUCCAAGACAUGUGGACUGAGGUGGUACCGCAGCUCUCCAGCAAAGUGCCUUCUGUUAAAACCAGGAUAGCUAACACUGCACCAAGUGUCUGACCGGAAGCUAAGUGACUUAAGGAAGGAAUGCUUUUCCUAGAUUACUAGAGAUGACACAUGGGCAGUGGCAGCCCUGGAGUCCUCAGUUGCUCUGGGAUAGGAAAGGAUGUAACCUCGGUCUUUAUAUCCACCUUUCCUUAAAAACCGCUUUGAGAGGAGAGCAGCGGUGCUGAAGAUACAGUACGGCAGGGGACUUGCACUGCACCCAGCCAUCUUAAAGGGCCAGCUUUGGCUUGCCAGCUUUGAGCUCGAAGUUCUUGCAAAGGCCAGUGACAUAGUCCAAAUGCCCCUUUAACUCAUUCUUCUGAUUUCUUCAAUCACUAGGGCUCAAAAAGUAACAAGUGAAAGAAAUAGUUGAAAGGAGAAUACUAUUUUAUAAAUUUCUGCAGAUAUAUGUGUCAUAUAUGAUGCAUACAUUGAUGGCAUAUUCUGCACACUUUCGUAUUUAAGCUAUACUUUUAAAGGCUUUUUUUUUUUAAACAAAAGACCUUGGCUGGUGAAUAACCCUCAGAUUUGUUUACAUAAGGUUUCUCUGUGUUAGUAGAACACAUGAAAAUAGUUGAGUAGAUGUGGUGGACAUGCUUUACAGUCUGAACUCAAAUACAGAUUACAUGUCAUAUUGGGGGGAAAAUCACUUUUGGGGAGGAGGCACCUUUGAGAAAUAGGUAGCUGUUAAGUAGGAGUGAGCUGAUCUGCCACAAGGAACAAAAUCAAGCCUGUAAAGUUUCAAGCAUAAUAGAAGCUUAAUCCUUGCUCAAAUAUGUUCCCGCCCCAGUAUUCCAGAUCAGUGGACUUCUAUGAAAAACCGAGUUUUACCUUAGGUCUGAGCUUUGUCCGUCUGUCCUCCGUGUAAGCCAGAGAGACAGAAGGUGCUCCUGCUUCUUCAAGCUUCCCCCUGACAGUGGUGCACUCUGGUUCUGUUCACACAAGAAGGAUGAGAGGGAGCCUCACUGUCACACUUGCUGUAAGUGCGUGGCUGUCUCCGCUAUGACACGAUUAUCGUGGACGAGGACAACUGGCCAUGUCUGCCACAGGCAGCUGUUCUUCAGAGCAGGAAAAACAGGUUCCACUAUUUGAGCACAUUAAGGGACUAGACAGAGAAAAUGGAUACUGAUUCAACACAAGCUUCAGAAAGGCUAAGUCCACACAGCGGCCAAAAUUACUAAAAAGAAAUGGCAACACCAUACGUUGGCAAAGAUGUGUAAUAACUGAAACUGUAGGAAAUGUAAAUGACACAACCACUUUGGAAGGGUUUGGGAGUUUCUUAGGAAAAAAAUCCAUACCUGUGUCAUGCUGGAUCAGUUCCACUUGUAGACAUUUAAAUAAAAAGAUCUGUGCAGAGAAAGGGUUCAUACAAGAUUGUUGAGAGCAACUCUUCUUAAUACUCAAGAGGGAAACAACCCAGGUGUUCACCACUAGAAUCAAAAGUUAAAAGUAGGGUCAAAAGAAAAGAUUAAAUUUAGUGAUCAAUCUUAACUGGCUUUUGCUUGUGAUUCUAGGAUUGAACAACACAAUUAGUGUUCUAAUGAGCUCAGUAGAGCAGGAUUGGCUUUAUAGACAGGCAGAAGAAAGACACAACAAAAAGCAGAGUGGCUUUCUUCAAGUUAUUGUCCUUGUAAGGAUUAAAGCAGAUAACUUCAUUAUUCCAUGCCAACGAGCCCUUCCUGUUUGGGAAUUUGGUUUUAUCACUCUCCUGGUGUCUUAAAAUGUCAGAUAAGUAAUUUUGACUUGGUGAUAGGAAUCUUAUCAUGAGUGGCUCUAUUUUGAUUUGGUCUAUUGAGACUGGUACUGGAGUUCAGUCCAAACCAAAGACCUCCAAGAAAUUUUACUUAACAAUAGGUAAACUGUUGUGUAAUCACACAAGAGAAUGCUCUUUGGCCAGGAGCAGGGCAGGGUGUGGAGAGAUUAUUAAUAUGUACAAAUUCAUGUAUGAAUCUCAAGUCAUCCUGAAUCAAAGAUGCUUUACACAAAACUAUACACCACAUGAUUGUGAUUAAAUUUUUUUUAAAGCAUAAUAAUUCGUGGUGGAAAAUAACCCACAGUGGGUGUCUCAGUAGGAGAGACUGAUUAGGAAGAGGGAGGAAGAAACCCUCUAUAAUGACAGGCAUACUCGAUACCUUCAUGAGAAGUCUGGGUUAUACAGAUGUACACAUUUGCCAAAAUACAGCACAGAUUCACUUAAGAUUUAUGUAUUUUGUUGGAAGUAACUUUUACCUCAAAAGAUAAAAUUUAUAAACAAUAUUACUUAAAUGAUAUGGUUGCUGAAGUGUUUAGGAGGGAAAUUAGGUAUCUGCAGUAUAUUUUAAAACACAUAAAGAAGUGAUUUGGGGUUGUGGAUGGGGUUUCAAUGGUAAAAUGCUUUCCUUGUAUACACAAGGUUCUGGUUUUGAUCCCUAGCACUGCGCGCGUGCACACACAAACUAAAAUAGGCUGAUACAUGGAAGGAUGCGUAGGUGGACAGAUGCAUGACAAAGUAGCUAUAUAAUAAGUGUCAAGAGACUUAACAACUACCCAAGAUAGAGACAUGGGGACUAACUUACUCUCCUACAUUAUACAACCAGAAAGCCAGGCAAAUAUAUUAUGAAUCAAAGAUCUCUCAAAACAGUUGAAGUGUAUUGGUACAAUUUAGGUACACACGGUGAUCACAUUCAUCAUGGGGAAUUCGUACCUCUUGAUGAUUUGUCUUUUUCCUUCUCAUACCCUUCCCCUCCCUUCAACAUCCUCUUUCCCUCCUUAUUUACAAAGCUUUGUUUCCCAUUUUAGCCUCCGUUUCUCAGCUUUUCUUUUCCUCCCUUCCUUUUUAUCUCCUUCCCUAGUUCUUCUUUCCUUUUGAACAGACUCUUCCCAAUCCAUAUCUUUUGUACCAUUUGGUUCUUAGAAACAAAGCUUUGUGUGAAAUCACCUGGGUUCUGAAACAGUCACUAGAGUAGGCAGAACAAUUACAAGACAUACUUAGAUUUGAGAGCAUUUUGUGUUUCCAUAAACCAGAGCAAAACAACUUCACAGUGCAAAGGGCACUAAGAGGAAUCCUUAAAAGAAUGAGGAAAUAGUGGUGAGGCUAAGUUAUCCCCUCAUGAAAUGGACCUCUGGACCCAUCCUUGCAAAUUCUAUAUCUGUAAGUCAAACUGAUUUAUAGAUUAAAUGAAAUCCUAAUCAAAACCUUAGCAGCCAUUUUUUGGUAGAAUCUGAUGAGCUGAUUUUAAAAUUUCUAGGAAAAUCCUUGAGUAGCUCAAACAACUUUGAUGAAGAUUAAGUUAGAGGGCCUAUACCAUCUGGUUGUAAGAGUGACUUACAGAGCUUUAGUAAUUAAGACAAUGUGAGUGGGCCUGGUGGUACACAUCUAUAAUUUCUGGUCGAGGCAGGAGGAUCACUGUGAAUUCAAUGCCAGCCUGGGCCACGUACUGAGUUCAAGGCCAGCCUGAACCACACAGUAAGACCCUGUCUCAGAAAGUAAAAACAAACAAAAAGACAUGUGAUUGGUGUCAGGCUUUAUAUAGCAAUGGGACGUAAUAAAAGUCCAGAAAGAGACCCAUCUAUGUAUGUCACUUGAAUUUGAACAAAGAUGACAGGAGAACUCAAGGGAACAAAAGCCUGCUUACAUAUGGUUUGGAACACAUAUUAACCAUAUGUAACCACACCAAUCACAAAAAUAAACUAUUUUUCCCCGCCUCCCCCCAUCUCAUACUACACAAGAAUGGCUUAGAAGUGAAUCACAGACUUAACAGAGCUAAAACUAAAAUUUCUGGAUGAUAGAACUGGAGGAUUUUGGGUGGCACAGCAUGUAGGUAAGACAGCAUAAAAAUAAUAAGCAUAAAAGUAAGUGGGUAAAAUAUUGAAUUAAAUGGCUCUUUGUAAGGAAGAUAUAUAUAUAUAUAAAUGCAAAAUAAACACUAGCUCACUGUUAUUAGUUUCUCACUUGAGAAAUAUCUAAUGCAAGAUAUAUAAAUAUAUCAGGAUUUACAAGAUGGGCUUAUAAUGGCCACUCACAGAGCCAGGUGUGGAGAGUGUGAAAGGGCUGUCUGCAUGCUGGAGAGCUGAGCUCCAGACAGAAGGUGAAGGCCUGAAGCUCACUGUAAUGUCCUAUGCAAGCCCAUAUCAGGAGGCCAAAGGGUGUGCCCUGGGAGGCUGGAAGCCGGAGAUGAUAUCCCAGGUGAAGGCAGACUGGAGCGCCUCUGAAGAAGGGAGCCUUCUUUUGUUUCCCUCUCAUUCCAUUCAGGCUACAAGCCUAGUGGUUGGUGCCACCCAUACCCAGAGUGUGCCUUCUGUAAAUCCUUUCAGCCACACCCAGGAAUAUGCUAAUCUAAUUUAGUAGAAUGUUUCUUAAUCAGUUAACUAUCACAUUCGUUAUUAAGGAAAUACAGGUUAUUAAGGAAAUGCUCACUAGAAGGAAGUUAUUGAAAAUUGGUAUUACCAAUCAGCAAGAUUUUGGUGUAAAUAGACCUCUCAUACCUUGCUCACAGGGAGAUAUAAAGUUCUAGCCACAUUAGGAAGCAAUGUGGUAGUUUCUUAUAAAUGUCAGCCUUUUUUUCGAUUCUGGGGUUCUUUAGACUUUUCAGGUCUUUAGUGCCCUGAACAAAGAAUUGGACAAGACACACAAAAACAGUAAUGAGGUUUUACAUUUAUCGAAGGUAGGAAAACAUGUAUGCUCUGCAGAGCGAGAGCAGGUCACUGUGAGAGUUCACAGUGGCCAUGAGGCUAAUGGCAGAGGUCCUUUGAAUCCUUCAUUCUUCAGGCUGAAGUCAGAUCUAGGCUGUCUUAUCAAAAACCUGCUUGUUUUCACAUCAGAACAAUUAAAAACAGUCCUUCACCUGAUUAUUCCCAGGUGAAGGACCUGGCAACUCUAUUCCACGCACUUGACGUGGAUCUCUGUGAUGGACACAUCAUGCCUGCCUGCUCAGCCAGCUGGCCAUGCCCUAACCUCUGGCUUCAUUAUAACUCAGCAAUUCUACUCCCCUUUACCUAAGAGAAAUGAAAACGUAUUCGCACAAAAGUUGUAUACGUGAAUAUUGGCAAAAAUUUGUGAGCUGUGUACUUGUGUACAUGAAUAUUUACAAAAACUUGUUCAUAGAUGUUCAUAAAAUCUUUAUUUAUAAAGUUCCAAAUUAGAAACACCCCAAAAAUCUGUUAACUGGUAAAUGGAUAAACCAUAUCCAAACAAUGCUUAUUUAGCAUAAGAAUGAACAAACUGCGAAUACAUUCAGCAACCUGAGUGAAUCUCAAAAACAUCCUAGACAGACACCAUGGACUAAGGACUACAUAAAUUUAUGUGUCUUAAAAAACUAAAAAAGACAAAAUUGUAGUGACAAGAAACAGAUCAGAUGUUUCCAAGGGCUUUGCUAGAGGAGGAAUCUUUGAAAAUUGAAGGAACUGUUGUAGAUCGUGGUGGUGGUGAUUACAUAUCUGCACCCUUGUAUCAAAACUCAGCCACCAGGUGUGGUGGAACACGUCUGUGAUCCCAGCCAUCUGGGUGACUGAGGGAGGACAAUAACAAGUUUAAUCGAAUCUGGGCAAUUUUUUGAGUUGAUGAGACCCUGACUCAAAAUGAAAAAGGGCUGGGGGUUUAGCUUAGUGUGAAGGGCCUGAGUUCAAUCUUUCAUUACUGCCAAGAAGAAAAAAUUAAAAAAUCAUACAUUUCAAAGUGAUAAGUAUAUAUUUAUACCUCAUUAAGUUUGUAGUACUUUAAAAAAAGAAUGUAGAUGUUGGGUUUAUAGUAUUCAUUAUAAAUUCUUCUAAAUCUACCCAAUAAAAUUUGAUAAUUUUCUUUUAAAAUAUGCCAAGAAAUAGGAACUUGAGAUGAAAGCCAGAAGAGUGCUACAUAUUUUAUGCCUUGAGGGACUUUUCAUGUGAAAAUUUUCAUGUGACCUUGUUUAAGGUAAGUCGCCACAGAGAUUUACUAUAUAUAUUUAUUUGAUACUUAUGUAGCUAUAUUUGAAUGUAUUUAUUAACUUCAAUUAUUUAAUGACUUUCUUGAUCAAUUGUUGGGACGAUGGUGUGGUUGGAGUAGGGAACAAAGUUAACAGAAUGCUUUAGCAAAUAACCCAUUUAAAUGGGCUGAAUUCUAUGAUCAUGAAAUUCAUUGAGGCCACUUUUAUUUUAUAAUCUGUUAUGGUUUGUGACUAGAUUUCCCCCCAAAGUCUUGUGCAGUCAUGGGGGCAAGGUUUUUGGAAGUCACUGACUCCAGAGUGUGUGACUGAUUUGUAAUGCAGUGCUGGGUUAAUGGUGCUGGCAUUAUGGGUGUGAGUGCUACCUCUACCCGAGGACAGGAGCCUGCAUACAGUAUAAGGGGCAGACCGAGGCUUGUCCUGUCUUCUGUCUUGUUGCUUCUGCUGUCUUCCACUGCCAUGAAUUGUUGCCUCUGUGCCAUGUGCCCUCCUACCUUGGAGCCAGCUGGUUACAGACUGAAACCUCUACAAACUGUGAAUUAAAUAAACCUUUCCCCUUUAACUUUAAGUAUCAGGUAUUUUGUGUCAGCAAUAAGAAAAUUAUCUAAGGUAUAAUCUUAUGUGCCAUCCUCACUCAACAAUCAGGAAGACCUGACGAUGAAAUCUAACUUCAAAAUAUUGUAAAAGUAAUUAAAAUUGUAUUGGAAUCCUA